GUGUAGGCUCGCUUUACAACGGAAGGCCCUGUGACGGCUGUGACGCGCCGCAUUCGCUCAAAUCUGCAAGUCUCAACACGUUCUUGUAGUGGCCAGUACAGAAAGUGUUGCCCACCAUAGUGCAAAAACAUUGCCGCUAAUACAGUCAUCUGAAUCGCGCGGUUUUUCACAGUUUAGUCGUUAUUUAGUGAAGAAUUGUAAAAAUUCAAGUUACUUGUGUAAGGUUUGUGAUCAAAUCUUACGCUAAUAUUAGAGCUGGCAUAAUUGUCAAAUUCUGUAUCUAGUCUAGUCUGGAAAAAAUCAGUUUUAGAACUGUCAUAACCUAAGAACUGUCGGCCCCGGAGGUCUCAUAGUAUUUGUUUAUCAAAGAAAAAAAACGAAUAUCAAUUUCAUUAUGACGACCGAGGAUUUGAAUGUCGAAAAAGAAUCACCUUCCGAAAAUGUGCAAAAACCUCAGGAUCGAACACUGGAAGAUCAGUCGAUGCAGACUGAAGAAAAUGGAACUGAGGAGGUGACAAAAACCAGAAAGAAACCUAGGCGUAGGACGAAGGCCUUUAAAUUAAAUAUACUAAAACAAAUGGAAUUUUACUUUAGUGAUUCCAAUUUGAGUAAAGAUAGAUACUUGGCAGAACUCAUCAAACAAUCUCCUGAUGUUGACAUCAACGAAUUUUUGAAAUUCAACAAAAUCAAAGCUCUAACAACAGAACCUGCAAAAAUUGCUUCUGCUCUUAAAAAAUCGGAGAUUCUCAAAGUAUCUGAAGACGGCACUAAGGUUCGCAGAAUUACUCCAAUUAAUGAAAGAAAUAACGUUGACGAUUGCACCAUUUAUGUUCAAAAAUUGCCACCAGAAGCUGAUCAUGAUUGGGUUGUAAAGGCUUUCUCAGAGUUUGGUAAAGUGGUUUAUGUAUCUAUUCCAAAAUUCAAACCUAAAAAAAAAUUUAGAGAGCAAGAUCCAGAAUGUAUGAAACACCAAAAGAUAAAAGGAUUUGCUUUUAUUGAAUUUGAAACACCAGAAGGCGUUGACAAGUGUAUAGAGAAAUUCAAAGAAAAUAAUGCUCUUUUACCAACUGAAGUUAGUCAUGAUAAAGUAACAAGUAUUACAACUCAUGAAGAUUACAACCCAGAUAAUCAGCAAAGUACUGAACGAGCAGCAGAGUCAGAAACACCUGCAAUAAAACAGGAAAAAAAUAUAAUUGCUUCUGCUCUAAUUAAAUCAACUGAAACGAAAGUUGAUGAUACUAUUGAACAGUCCACAGAAACCAAAGCACCAGAGAAAAAAAAAAGAAAAUCAAAAAGUUUAUCAGAUGUUAACGAUUCAACUGAAGUAAAAAAUAAUGAAAAUCAUGAAAAAACUUCAGAAAAAAAACUAACAGAAAGAAAAAGAAAAUCAACACAAGAAAUUGAUGAGCCUGCCAAAAAGUUAAAAAGGUCAGAAAGUUGUCCUAAAAAUAAAGAGAGUUCCAUUACUUCCGAUUCCGUUGCAGAAAAUGAAGAAAAUAAAGUAAAAAAAUCAAGAAAAAGAUCUUCUUUGGGUGGAGUUCCAACUUCUGAAACUGAAACCCAUCAAAAAAAAAAGAAGAAAAAUAACGAUGACGAAAAUGAAGAAAAGGAAGUAUUUUCUGAAGAAAACGAUGUGGAUGUAAAAGAAAAAACAUCAAAGAAAAAAAAACAGAAAAAUAAAAGAAUUCGUGUAGGAAAAGAUCAACCUCCUGCGCUUCCCAGCAAUGAAGAUAAACUACAAGUAAUGCGAAAAACUGAUUGGAAAAAGUUGCGUAAUCAAUAUUUGACUUUACAACGAGAAAAAAUGCGUAAAUUGAAACAAGAUAUAAGGAAAUCGGAAUUUUAUUCAAAGACGUCGAACGAUCCAAAUUUUUCGUUGGAAACAGAAAAAGGCAAUUUUUGUUUGCCCACAAAAGAAACUAAAGUUCCAGAUAGACUCAAAUUUACACCUGGCGUAAUUGUAAAAAUGCAACUAAAUGAGACUGAUGAUCCCAAAAUAUUGAAGGAUAUAUAUAGAGGUCCAGAUAAUCCUAACAUUAAAUAUGUAGAUGCAUCUGAAGAUGCCAAAGAAAUCUUCUUAAGAUUUGAUACAGCAGAAUCAGCUCAAAGCUUGGCUGAAGCAUCUGAGCAAAGAAAAUGUACUGUACUGACUGGUUCAGAUGAAAAAGAAUAUUGGGACAAAAUACUACAAGAUCGCACCCAGAGAUUCAACAAAAAAGACCGACCCAAAAUAAGAGGACGUCAAAAACUUUUCAAAAAAGCUGAGAAAUUUCGAGAACAGAUAGCAAAGCAUAAGAAAUUUAAUGAUGAAUAUUUAUUAAAUAUAUCUGAAUGAACGUAUGAAUAUUUAACAAAUUCCAUGUAGAAUAAUUUAUAAUUAAAUCCAAUGAUUAUCACUGGGCAUUUUGAACCACGGAACUAGUAUUACACAAAUGUAUAUUAAAGAUACAUUAUAUUAGUAAAAAUGUGAAUGCCAUAGAUA